CUGGUUCGACCAGCGAUGCACCUCUCUUUGCGUACGAGACGGCGUCUCGCGUUGUUUACAAAUCAACGCUAUUACGUUGCUGCACAUCGUGUACACACAGCUUUGCUCGCAUGCAACAGGCGACACCGCGUUGCCAAAGUUUCCUCUUGAUUAAUCGAUCGGAAAUUACGGCCAGUCCGAGAGCGAUAACUCCUCUCUCUCGGCGAUUCGAAUUAAUCGCGCGCGGUCCACCGCCGGUAGACGCACAAAUCAGGGAGAGCGUGAAGAAACGCGUAGACGCAUCAGCGUACAUAGCCUAAAAAGUCGUGCUCGUUUCUAGGGAAAAAAUCUGUUGAUAAGUUUGCGGGUGCACGCGCAAGGAAUAUCAGUUGUGUAAUUACGCCAAAGGUAGAGCUCGGCUUGGAAUCAAUACGAACGGAUUACUUGAACCGGUGUUUUGACUUAAAAAAAAAAAAAAAAAACGUGAAAACAAAACCAGGUGCAUACUCGUGUAACACGCGUAUCGAACGGUUGAGGUUAGUUCGUGAGAAAUUAAGAGAUACAGUGAACGGAUCAAACGACCCUGAAAAAAAAACGAGUAUCAAGCUGCUACGUGUGUGCCUUGAUGGGGUGUGCUUUCAGUGUGUUUGGGCGGGGUGUCAGGCAGUCGGUGCCGCAUCGGCUUAUGCAGCUAGUUUUCUAAAAAUGGCAGCGUCGUUCGGUUUUCACCCGUGGAAUAACAAUUACUGGCUACGACCGAGGAAGAAAUCCAGUUGACACCCGGGCGCGGGUAAGCUAGGUAGAACGGAGAGUAAGGGCGAACACGUGGUCCGUGAGGGAGCUAUUCGUCCGGUUUACUAGCCGUUGUGCGUGUACUCGGCUAGCUACGCCCCUGGCGCACGUGCGUACGCGUACUUCCACGAGUCGUUGCGUACGGUGCACGUGUGAGUGACAAAUCGCGAGUGAAAGUGUCGGAGGCUAGUGACUUUUUUUCGUAUUUUCACGCUCUCCUCACGGGCUUUCGAUAUUUUACCACGCGAAAACUUGUCGUGACAACAGAAACUUGACGUUUCGGAGCUUCGGUGUCGACACCUUUCGACCGUCAAAUGUUUACGAUCAAGUUAAGGGAUGAAGUUGAAAAAAGCGAAGAAACGUUUCUGUGCUAAUGAAAAAUUAAUCAAGCCCGUGAUUCGCACGAUUAUCGUUGUUUGUUCGAGGUGAAUUUAGUGAUCAUACGAAGAGUAUUCGGUAAAUAUACGAAAGCGAGUCACGUGGCGCCACCUGCGCGUUACGUCCCUGGCAAGGGUCGUCUGUUGACUCUGGUGGUGUUUAUUCGCGCUUGCCUCUUCUCUCUCUCUUGCACCGGGUCAUUUGUGUUUGGACGAUCGCGAAUUUUUUGCAAUGUGACGGCAAAAUGAAUCAAGAUUAGUGUGAUGUCGGACCUGUGCACGCGCCUAACAGUGGGUGCGCGCCUGGAUCUCGACUGGAAAACUGGCGGAACGUCUUGAAACAGGUCAAAUAUCACCGUGAAAAUGCCGGCAACGCGACCGUACAGGUGCUUAUUGUUAUCAAUCGGUUUCAUGGUCUUCCACGAGACCUUUUAUCGAAAAACUGCGAAUCCGUGUUCUUCGAGAGUUUCGUGAAUCGUGCAUCGUGCGUUUUAAGUGUUCUCGCGGCGGUAGGACUCGCGAAUCGCGUUCCAACAACGUUAGAGGUUAGGUUACCGGCACAUAACCUUAAAGUGACUCUCAAGCAAUCUAUUAAUCGCUGUUUACGGAGGAAUUGAUACGCAACAUUUUCAUGAGCUCGAUCGGUUGCGUGCAGUGUACUGACAAAGAUUAACUGUUUCUGCUGCGUGCUGAUUCCUACCACAGUGGGUGAUCGGUGCAAUGGAAUGAGCUGGAUGAUCACAGGACAAUGAAGGCCAAUGGAACAAACAAUGGCUGUAGCCGCCUAAACACGCCAUUGGCAGCCACUACCACACUGGAGGAUCCGGGAACACCAGCCUCGUGGAAGGGCCCGCCACCGGGCUCGGAGGCAUCACCCUUUACACCGAACUCGGUUGGCCAGGGUGGUGGCCCUGGCUCCGGUCCGUACAAUAGUUCAGGUGGUCCACCAAGCAAUGCAGCAUUUCAAGGACCGAGUCCUUUCCCCGGUGGUGCCGGUAGUCCAGCGGGUGCACCACCUUACCAAGGACCACCUCCUGGUUCAGCGACACCUCAGUACACUGCCUCGCCUGCACCAAGCGGUUCCUCGACCCCUGGUCCAGGACCACCGCCGAAUUCAUCGGGCUUCCCUCCACCGCCAAACAAUUCCGGGCCUCCUUACAAUGGACCCGGACCAAGCCCGUUUGGCUCGCCCUCCGGUGGACCACCUCAAUUCGUUGGUCGACCUGGCUCCUCGGGACCACCUUUCGUACCACCUGGAGCAGGAAAUCCGCACUUUCCUUCUCACGGACAGCCGUUCGGUGGACCUCAGUACGGUAUACCACCAGGAAGCCCGUUUGGACCUGGACAUCCGAUGACAGGACCUAUUGGACCGGGGCACCCAGCGAUGAUGGGACCUGGUGGACCCGUGGAUAGGAUGGACCAAGGAUCGUUGCCUGUCCCCAGGAGGCACACUCCGUACUUUGGCCAACCGGACUACAGGCUCUACGAGUUGAACAAGAGGUUACAGCAGCGCACCGAGGAGAGCGAUAAUCUCUGGUGGGACGCAUUCGCGACCGAAUUCUUCGAGGACGACGCAACCUUAACCCUCUCGUUUUGCUUGGAGGAUGGUCCCAAGAGAUACACGAUAGGUAGGACGUUAAUACCUAGGUACUUCCGCUCGAUAUUCGAGGGCGGAGUGACGGAACUUUACUACAAUUUGAAGCACCCCAAGGAGUCAUUUCAUAAUACAAGCAUAACCCUCGACUGUGAUCACUGCGUAAUGGUCACGCAUCACGGAAAACCGAUGUUCACGAAGGUAUGCACGGAGGGUAGAUUAAUAUUGGAAUUCACGUUUGACGACCUUAUGAGGAUAAAGUCGUGGCAUAUGGCUGUGAGGACGCACAAGGAGCUGGUGCCUAGGUCUGUGGUCGGUAUGCAACAGGACCCGACGAUGCUCGAACAGCUUAGCAAAAACAUUACCAGGCAGGGCAUCACCAAUUCUACCCUGAACUACCUUAGGUUAUGCGUGAUCUUGGAACCGAUGCAGGAGCUAAUGUCGAGGCACAAGGCGUACGCGUUGUCACCACGGGAUUGCUUGAAGACGACCUUGUUCCAGAAAUGGCAGAGGAUGAUUGCCCCGCCGGGUAAGAGAGAAUCGCAGAGGCCGGCUAGUAAACGAAGAAAGCGAAAGGGUAGCACCUCGGGGCCGGGCAACAACGCGCCUCCGGCACCUAGCAAGAAGAGGUCACCCGGUCCAAAUUUUUCCCUAGCGUCCCAGGACGUGAUGGUGGUGGGUGAACCAUCCCUGAUGGGUGGCGACUUCGGCGACGAGGACGAGCGGUUGAUUACAAGGCUGGAGAACACGCAGUACGACGCGGCGAACAGCCUGGACCCUCACAGUCACGACACUCAGGGUGGACCGCCACCUCAUCCCCACCAGUUCCAUUCGGAACCAACACCGGGCAACUCUUGGCCGCCAGACCGUGGUCCCGGCCCGCCACAGGGAGGACCUGGUAGUCAGGGAGUACAAGGCGGGCAAGGCGGUGCAGCGACGGGUGUACAGGGGUCUCAGGAUGCCAGUCAACAGCAACAAGACAAGAAGAGCCCUGCGGUGAGCCAGUGAGGCCAGGAGUCCCCGCGCCCCCCUACCAGGGGGCGACGGGGGCGCAGGCCCAAGAACAUGGCUCCCUAGCGGGGCGAGAACCCCAACCUCCCCGGCGCGUACCUGGCCUCGUCCGGUUGUUCGGCCGGCAGACUGUCGCACGUCGGUGUACACCCGUUGGCAGCCUGUCAUCCGGCCGCCCUGGCCAGCCAUCAUCGUUCGGAACAGCACGUUCAACUG